GUCCCGUAAUUAAAUAUACAUUAUACUCCGUGAUUCGUGGUCAGAAGUUAUAUUAUUUUUGUGUUCGGCUUUUAAAAAGUAGUUGUUUUUCGGACAGGACAUUAAGUUAAACAAUUUUUGUGUUUGACGGUAAAAUAGUAUUUUAUAUAACGACAGUUAUUAUUUAAUAUCAUGGUUGACCACAAUGCAUAUUUUAUAAUUUCUAAAAUUAUCCCUGUAUAUUCAUUUUGUCAAAUAAAUGAGGAAUAUAUCAUGUCAAUUGAUUUCGUUUAUCCAGAAUGGUUGUUAAUGGAGUAUUUUCACAGAGAUACGUCUAUUCCUUCAGAUUCUUGUUCUGUUAGACCUGAAAUAGAUGUUUGUGAUAGUUUAUACUCCAUAGAACGUGCUUCAGACGACGCAAGAGCGUUGGGUGUUAAUAUAUGUAGUUGUGUACAGACUGCUAUAUAUGCGAAUUAUUCUCGGAAGGUAAAAAUUAAGAUUGAUGAACUUGCUUUUUCUUUUAUCAUGUUUGAACUACGAAGAUCGAAGACAUUUCGUAUGAGAAUUCUUUCUAAGUUAUUUAUUCAGUUUAGUAUGCGACAAAGAGAAACAAUAUCAAAUCAGAAAUUUAGAUGCCAACUAUGUAAUAAAAUAAUGUGGCUAGUCUGUGUUAUUGUUUUCAUCACAGCAGCGAAGAAAAAUAUACUUGAUUACAAGUGGAACAAAAAGAUUGAAAUAUUAGUAAAUGAAAAAUGUGAGUUAGAAAAUGCAAUGGCAUGGUUAUCAACACUUGGUGGUGCUUUUUCUGCACUUGGUGAUAGCUACUUACAUUGUGCAGAAAAGGCUGGAGCCAUCUCAAUGCAACAGUUGUACAUUGCUCUACGAUUAGGUGAUCCUCUCACAAUUUGUAGGUGUAAAAUUUAUCUUUCCAUGAGUCUUCUUCAAAGAGGCUACUAUAGAAAAACAAAAAAGAUGCUAAGAGAAUUAUAUAAAUUUUCAACUGAAAGAGAAGGUUCCAAAGACUUCAGGCUGAAAAACAUGUGCAUUGCUGUAUGGAACAGGUUAAAAUAUGUUCUUUCACAAAGAGCAAAAACAAAAAAUUCUGAAUGCUUACCAGCACCAAAAUCUUAAUUAUAAAAUAAUUAUACAUUUUUA